GUACACUGUACAGUGGUACCCAUUUCCCUUUCCCUUUUUACUAUAUUUCCCAUAUUCAUUUUAGUUCUAUUCAUUACACCCCUAGUUUUCACCGUCCUUUUGCUUUCUGCUACUCACUGCAUCUCUCUGCAACUCUCCUCUGCUUUUCCUCCAUUUUCUUACCACCAAUCUUUCUUUUUCUACCUCCCAUUUGUUUUCUCUCCUCCUCACAAGCACUGCCUUCUGCCUUUUGGAGAUUUGGUCACCAAAACAACCACACAUGUAGUUGGUCACCCUCUCUGCUUCUCUCCUUCCAAGACUCUAUUUCUUCACCAUGAAGUUGUAGCGAAGAUGGUGAACCAGUUGAAGAAAGCAUGAGCUGCAAUAUCUGCAAGAGCCUCCCUUUCUGGUGGAGAGUCACUUCCUUUGUUCUCCUUCUGCUUCCAACAAUAUCGUUUGCUCUCAACUCGGAUGGGAUCCUCUUGCUUUCCUUCAAAUACUCAAUCCUAAGCGACCCGCUGUUGGUCCUGGAGAGCUGGAACUACUACGACGUAACACCAUGCUCGUGGAACGGAGUCACGUGCUCCGAAAUCGGAAGCCCCGGCACGCCGGACAUGUUCAGAGUCACUGGCUUAGUCCUCCCCAACAGCCAGCUUCUGGGUCCGAUUGUCCCGGACCUCGGCAUGAUCGAACACCUUCGCCAUCUCGAUCUUUCCAACAACUUCUUCAAUGGGUCUCUGCCUAAUUCGAUUUUCAAUGCCUCAGAGCUUCAGGUGCUUUCCCUUUCAAGCAAUGUUAUCUCUGGUGAGCUACCGGCUGAGCUUAUAGGUGGAUUAAGAAGCUUGCAGCUUCUGAAUCUUUCCGAUAAUGCAUUGGCCGGGAAGGUACCGGAAAAUCUCACUGCUCUGCAGAAUCUGACAGUUGUUUCUUUGAGGAGUAACUACUUUUCUGGUAGCGUUCCUAGUGGGUUUAAUUCGGUUCAAGUAUUAGAUCUCUCUUCCAAUCUGCUUAAUGGGUCUCUGCCUCUUGGUUUUGGUGGAGAUAGUUUGCGCUACUUCAACCUCUCUUACAAUAAGAUUUCAGGAAGAAUACCGCCGGAGUUUGCAAAAGGAAUGCCACAGAAUGCUACAAUCGACCUCUCAUUCAACAACCUAACCGGACCUAUUCCGGAGUCUCUAGUUUUGCACAACCAGAAAAACGAAUUCUUUGCCGGAAAUACCGAUCUAUGUGGCAAACCUUUGAAGAAUCUCUGCCCCAUUUCUUCCACUUUGUCUACUCCACCCAAUGACACCUCCACAACUUCUCCAGCAAUUGCAGUCAUCCCCAAAAGCAUUGACUCAACCCCAGUGACAAGCUCAACCGGCACGCCAAACGGAACUGUUCAGAACCCAACACAAAGCGGCCUGAAGCCCGGGGCAAUUGCUGGAAUCGCUGUCGGAGACUUGGCGGGAAUAAGUCUCCUUGCCAUGGUCAUCUUCUACGUCUACCACGUGAGAAAGAGAAACAACAGCAUUCUCAAGCCAACCAAUGCACCAACGGACUCAGAGAAGAAAGCAGAAGCGAGCAUGAAGCAAGACCCACUUGCCAGGAAACCCGCGGCGUGUUCCUGCUUAGGCGAAGAGAUAACUUCAGAAGCAACCAGCUCUGAUAGUGACGACCACGACAACAAAAACGAAGCUGCGCACCUGCAUCAUGUGCAUCCAAAUCAUGAUCAGAAAGGUCAGCUUGUGACGGUGGACGGAGAGACGGAGCUGGAGCUGGAGACUCUGCUCAAGGCGUCGGCGUAUAUGCUGGGAGCCAGCGGCGGAAGCAUUGUGUACAAGGCGGUGCUUGAGGACGGGACUGCUUUGGCGGUGAGGAGGAUUGGAGAGAGCGGAGUCGAGAGGAUGAGGGAUUUUGAGAACCAGGUCAGGGCCUUAGCCAAGCUGCGCCACCCAAAUUUGGUUCGGAUUCGUGGAUUUUACUGGGGAGCGGCUGAGAAGCUUGUUAUCUAUGACUUUGUCUCCAAUGGCAGCCUUGCUAGCGCCAGUUACAGUAGAAAAGCAGGCUCAUCGCCAUUUCAUCUACCUCUUGAGGUUCGGCUCAAGAUAGCAAGAGGAGUUGCCCGGGGGCUGGCCUACAUCCAUGACAAGAAACACGUGCAUGGCAACAUUAAACCGAGCAAUAUUCUCUUGACCUCCGACAUGGAGCCGAUAAUCUCCGAUUUUGGGCUCGAAAGGCUCGUCUUUGGCAACACCAGCAACAAAGCAAGCAACUCAGCCCGGUUUUUGGGAAGCCAACAAAGACCCACGGCAGCCAUUCAUGAAGGCUUACAGGACCUCCCCACAAGUGGUUCCAGCCCCUACGCACCGGUGGUCUCGUCUGUCGGAACUGCGUGGCCUUACCAAGCUCCCGAGUCCCUUAAGAACGUCAAGCCUAACCCCAAGGGGGAUGUGUACUCAUUUGGGAUAGUUUUGCUUGAACUUCUAGCCGGUAGAGUAUUUUCAGAGCCGGAACUGGUCCAGUGGACCGCCGGUUCGGUGGCGGAGGAAAAAAACAAGGUUUUGAAGAUGGUUGAUGCGCCGAUCAGGAGUGAAGUGGCGGGCGGCAGGGAGGAUGCCAUGCUGGCAUGCUUCAAAUUAGGAUUUAGCUGUGCUUCUUUUGUCCCCCACAAGAGACCGUCCAUGAAAGAUGCCCUUCAAAUCCUAGAGAGGAUCCCAUGGUCUUCAUUCGAAUGAUGCAUUUGGGUCCCAUAAAAGUUACUUCGUGUGUUCUUUUGUUGACUUGAAUGUUACAUAAAGAGCUAGCAUGAGGAAUGUGGAUAACAGAUGUGAGAAAGUUGCUGUAUGUUUGACUGAUUAAUCAAACUUUUAUGUAUAAGGUAUAAGAUACUUAGGUGGUGAUUAUGAAUAGAAAUUCCAAGCAAUUUUAUUGUUCA